AUGACAUCAAAUACCAGCGGUCGUACGGACUUAGGGGAUAAUGAUGUCAAAUUAGGACGAAGUGGCGAACAAACUGUAAUUACUGAGAAACAACCGAGAAAAAGGAAUAAUACUAAGCGUGGUGGUGUAAAGAGACGAAUUUCUUCAUUAGCAUAUCAUCAACAGCAAUACAUGCUAAUGCGUGGAAGUCAUCCUGGUGGAAGGCCGCUACAUCCUGCUGGAACGAAUAUUGUACAAAGAGUGAUGCCCAUUCGAUAUCCUAACGUAUCCGGACCUCCUCAUCUCUUCCCACCACAAAAAUUCGGUUUUUUCAACGAAGCGACACCAUCGAUACAUCCUGGUCAUCCUGGAUCGGAGAAACGUAUUUACGAAGGCCCACCGAAGCCGCGUUUGAUGGAAGGUUUUGGUUUUUUUAUCGUUUUAACACUUUUUUUCCAAAGUUCACAAAAAACGGUGGAUGAUUUUACUAUUGCAGAACAAGGAAGGACACGGCAAAAGUCAGUACCGAAACCACCGAAAUUGUUAUUCACUUCAGGACGUGGUGAUAUUGAACAGAAUAUAAGUUCUUCGAUUCAUACUCAGGAUAAGCCAGCUAUUGGGCCAAUGCUAGAUGUCAGAAAUAAUAAGUCAACUGGUUCGAACGAACAGCAAGCUGGAAUGAACGAAUUGUUUGCAAAAAUGAUUUGGAAAAAGUUAGAUAUGAUUCAAAGUCCAAUGCGUCUAAAUCGUUUGCAUACAGAAAUUAUGAAUUUACUGCAACAGGCAAUCGCUGAAGAAACAGGCAAGUAG